CUGGAGAGCUUCGAGAGAUUUUCAAUGGCAAAUACAAGCUCAAAGAACGUGCUGCACAAGAGGACAAAGCUGAACAAAGCCUUUCAGAGCUUUCAGGACAAUGGAGAACAGUGUACAUUGGAUCCACUAACCCAGAGAAAAUCCAGGAGAAUGGACCAUUCAGGACUUACUUCCGUAAACUCGUGUUUGAUGAUGAAAAAGGCACCGUAGACUUCUACUUUUAUGUCAAGCGGAAUGGAAAAUGGAAGAACAUACAUGUCACGGGAAUAAAGCAAGAUGAUGGCACUUUUGCUGUUGAAUAUGAGGGUCAAAAUGAAUUUAAAGUUAUCUCUGGGUCGAAAACGCAUCUGGUAGCACAUAACAUCAACGUGGAUGAAGACGGCAAGAGGACAGAAUUGACCGGACUAUUCGUUAAAUUGAAUGUUGAAGAAGAAGCCUUGGAGAAAUUCAGGCAGCUGACAAAAGAGAAAGGAAUUGAUGAGGAAAAUGUUGUGAAUUUCAUCGAAAAUG